AUGACGCCCGGAGGGGGUGAGGCAGAGAGCGCGGGAAGGCGGCACCUGCAGCCUCCCUCCCAGAAGCAGCCAGCAGGCCCCGAACGUGCGGAGCACGGGGUGCCCGCCCCGCCGGCCUCCUCGGGCCCCUCCGCCCGACCAGCGGGCCUCGUGCUCCCCUUUAAGCAGCAUCCCAGUGCUGCGUCUCCGAGGGCUGCCGCCUUCUUCACUCCUCCCUGGUGGGGACACCUCCAGCCCGUGCAUGGAGGUGUCGCUCCGCAGCAAGAAGGCCUGCUGGACUCGGGGUCGGCGGUGGUUCACUUGGAAACUCGAGUGACCUCUCUCUUCCUCGGCGCUGCCUACGGAGGUGGCAGCCAUCUCUUACUCGGCACCGUGGCAGCCCUCAGACCCCUCAUGAAACCCAAGAUUGUCAAAAAGAGGGCCAAGAAGUUCAUUCGGCACCAGUCAGACCGUUACGUCAAGAUUAAGUGGAACUGGCGGAAACCCAGAGGCAUUGACAACAGGGUGCGCAGAAGACUCAAGGGCCCGAUACUGAUGCCCAGCAUUGGUUAUGGGAGCAACAAGAAAACAAGGCACAUGCUGCCCAGUGGUUUUCGAAAGUUUCUGGUCCGUAACGUCAAGGAGCUUGAGGCGCUGCUGAUGCGCAACAAACCUCACUGUGCCGAGACUGCUCACAACGUCUCCUCGAAGAACCGCAAGGCCGUUGUGGAAAGAGCAGCCCAGCUGGCCAUCAGAGUCACCAAUCCCAAUGCCAGGCUGCGCAGUGAAGAAAAUGAAUAGACAGAUUGUGUGCACAUUGUAUUUGUGUUAAUAGAACCUUAAAAUUCUG